CACCAACCUACUCGACACAACAAAGAUCCUCCUAUACACCCUUGGCGACUGAGCAAAGGUCUCAAAGGCAGAGCUUGCUCGCCUCUCGCUUCGUUUCAUUCGCUUUUACUGGCAAGCAUACCGGACUUCGCCUCUUUGCUUCGGCUCAAACCACUCUUCGUCCGUGCCCUGACACACAACACCGUCGGCGCAACAAGGGGCACCUUCAUCGUCUAGCCGCAACGUCUCUCCACCGGUUUCUGCCCCCUCGCUCGCUCCUUGUAGGACUGCUGAGCGUAUACUUACAUUCUCGACGCGCUCUUGUGUAUACAGAGCCUCUUGAGUCGCGCAGGCAAAUCGAACGAGCUUCUGCCCUUUCCUUUGCUCCUGCCCUCAACCUCGCGUCACACCCUUUCCCCUAUCAAAGCCUUCCACUUAUGCUGGCUUCCGUCAUGCCGCCUCCGACCAUCGCUCGUAUGCUGCCGAACUUCCAGCUGGAAAAUGGAGCCCGCAACGCCUCGCCCACCUCCUCCAAGGGCUAUCAACCAUCUCCGCCGCCAACAGCAGGCAUCCUCUCGCCAACUUUCUACAGCUCGCCCCCAGUCAUGCCCCAGCGCCAGAUCUCCUCUUCUUCCUAUGACGACUCAGGGUCUUCGAUGCACCAGGGACAAUCGGGAACAUCAAAGGUCAGGAGGCAACGGCCGGACACUGAAGAGAUCCGCAAGGUGGGCAAAGUCCACUAUCAGGAGCUACUGGCAUUUUUGAGGACUCAUCUUGCAAAGGAGCAGACGGGCCCUCGGUCCAAUGCUCGAGAGAAGCUCACUCGGCUGAGCAAGCAGCAAUUUACAGAAUUGUCCACUGAUGUGUACGACGAGUUGAUGCGGAGGAUAAACAACACCAAGCAACAGAUUGCUGUUCCACAUCUGGCUGUGAGAGAAGAGUUCCACCCUAAACGUAAUCAGGCCCGUCAAAAGCUCGCCACACUACCAAAGACGCGUUUCAAGGAUUUGUCCUCAGAUGUGUUCUUCGAACUGGAGCGCCGCUUUCCAGAGCUGAAAGAGGAGUACAGGCCAGAGGCGAUUGCACGCGAGAAGGCUCUGGAACGAGAGGAACAGGAGCGACGGCUAAGGGAGGACGUUGCCCGCCGGGAAGCUCAAGAGAGGGAAAGGGAGGCUGCUGCUCAACGCGACCACGAGGCGGAGACCCGGCGCCUGAACAAGGCAGCCCCGAAAGAAAGCACGAGCGACAUGAUUGUACCUACAAAAUCGAGGAUUGUCGAAGAGGAGGACGUCUCUGUUGUUUACAGGGUCGGAGGAGAGCAAGGAUCAGAUGAAGAGAUGUCCCACAAUCAGAGGGUCUCUACAGACAUGCUUGACAACAGGAGUACGAUGUACAGCCAGGCCAGCUCCAUGGGGACUGGCUUCGUGGCUGGUUACGCCGGCAGUCGUGGAACUGGAGACUUCGGCUACGGGCGCAACAGCACGACUGCGGAUGGUCCUAACACCUUUGGCAUUGAAAAGCUACGAUCGGACUACGAAUUCAAGAUUGCGACGCUGCAACAAAGGGUCGCAACUCUGGAGGCUCAGAACGGCGAGCUGAGAGAACAUUCUUCGCGGGGAGAGAAGUACGAAGAGCAAUUGCGACUUGCUGAGAGCGAGCGAGAUCGACUGCAUGCCGAGCAUGUCGACGAGCUUGAUCAGAUGAAGGGAGAGUUGGAUGCCCACAAGCAAAAGCACGAUGAGAAGGCUCGUGAAUUGGAGUCAGCCAUGGAGCGGAUGAGUCUUCUCCAGAAAGAUAUGGAUACUCGAUCGUCGACAAAUAAUGUCAGCGCCGAAGACAUGGAAAGGCUUCAAAGUGAUCUGGCUGAGCAAGAUCGGCUGAUCCAGGAUCUCCGCUCGGAAAUCGAAUCUCUCAUCCAAGAGAUCCAGCAGCUUUCAUCUAGAAACGAGGAACUCGUUGCUGAGAAAGAUCAGGACUUGGUUGUUGCGCGAGACCUUAACCAGCAGCUGAUCUCUUACAAGAGGAAAUAUGAGCAGGCCAAGACAGAGCUGCGUCAGUACAAAGCCACUUCACAACUCUACGUUCAACCGCCUAAGACCGACGAGUUCAUGCCAACAUCUGAUCGAGGUAUCAUCGCCGAUGUAAAUGUGACCGCUUUCCAGAGCUCCAUCGACGAAUUGUUGGCUACCGCCCGGUCUACAUCUCCUUCGAACGUAUUGGUCUCGAUGAAGGCAGUCGUACUCGCUGCCACCUUGAUCACUGACGACGUUGCGAAGUUCGAGGAGAGUGCGACCUUCGAGCUCUCGGCAGACGACGCUGAUCAACUCAUGCUCCUCAAGCCCAAGAUUUCGACUACCCUCAAUAACCUUAUGAACGCUUGCCGCAACCAUGCCUCUUCGCAAGGUCUGUCUCCUGUCAGUCUACUCGAUGCUGCUGCCAGCCAUGUCUCGAUGACCGUAGUCGACCUCGUGAGAGUGCUGAAGCUGCGAUCUGCCACUCAGUCGGAGAAGGACCAAUUCGAAGCGCACUUCUCAGGCAAUGCCCUUCCUCCCGGAGGACUGAAGCCUCUGCACAUCGGCUCCUCUGCAGUCUCGAGAACCCAGCCAAUUUCGCCUUCCCUAGACUCUGGUGCCACGAAGCUGAGAGCCUCUGGUGAGCGAAAGUCUCCAAUCGAUGCUCCUUCGGGUGGCGGUAUGCGUUUAUCACCUCGUGGGAAGAGCGCACCGUCCGGACGCUACUCUCCUGUAGGCUACCGACCAAGCUAUGGCAAGAUCGAUACCUCUGUAGGGAAUGAGUCUGCCUCAAGAAACACGUCGUUCUCGCAGCAGCGGGAGCCUUCGAGUCCUAUUGGAAAUGGCAGCAACCCCCUUGGUCACUAUCAGAACGGAGGCCUCUCACAGGUCACCUCUUUGCCCAGGACCAAUCUGGACAGCAUCAAGAAGUCCUGGACCAACGGCAGGCGACCCUCCAGCGGUUCCGUGUCUCAUCGAAGAACCGGCACCGGCUCUUACGAGGCUGACACGAGUGGAGGCACAGGCCAAAGCAGCAUUGUGUACGACGACCUCAGCAACAACAGCGCGGACCGCUCUUCUAGGUCCCUUGCAGGCAAAGGUCGUCGCUCAGUGGCUUCGGCCAGCACUCCUCCUCGUCAGCUGAACGGAGCGGGCGCGCACGACAAUGGCGACCACGAUGCAGAGGACGGAGACACGAGCGAAGAGAACUGGGCCGAGCUGCGAAACUACAUCGAGGUGCAGACGGAAGCCAUUGUGCAUUCCAUCCAGUCCCUCCUUUCGGCCAUCAGAGAGGGUGCUCAAGGUGUACAGCUCAACGAGAAUUUGGUGCAGAUCACGACCAUUGCCUCUUCGAUCAUUGCCAUUUCGAGGGACAAUCUGCCGCCUUCAUCCAAGGAGGAAGGGGAGGAGAUUCUGGGCGAAUUGACGGACAAUUGUGAGAAGCUGAGCGAGAUGCAGACACGCCCCAGCUUUGACAAGAGCACGAAGAGUGCUAUGGCCAGCGCGAGCUACGGAGUUGCCAAGGGCUUGAAGGCUCUCAAUGGCUUGUUGACAGAGGGAGAGGCUGUCAGACAGAGGGAAGAGCUGGAAGCGUUGAGGUGAGGCGGGGCCAGGACGGCGAGCUCCAGAAGACACUUAGCUAGACAGAUAAGGGGCAAAGGGGCGUUGGAGAAGGUGAGGGAUGUCUCCCUAUCUCCACGCAUCCAAGACGGUGUGACGUUGCUCGAUAUCCACACAUGACCGACACAUACACACGCACAAUUGUACUGUACUCCACCGUUCCCAUGGGCCAUCAUUCCCGUCUCUAUGGAGAUACCAGUCUCGCAAAUUUGUCCGGCCAUGCCUACGUGCCAUCGUCCUUGUACUUUAAUGUGACAUUGCUAGAGCUUUUGAAUGAACAGCUGAGAUCUGCGAC